AUGGCAACUCCCAUCUCUCCUCGACGUACAUGUGCCAAAAAUGUGUCACAGCACCCUGGGCAAGUUGUUUUAGAAGGUCAAAGGAAGCGACGCACCCAGGCCCAGAUCAAAGAAGACAAGCACCAUGCCAGAGAAGGACAGGCAGUCCAGGAAGCUGCUGCCACUCAAGCGACUGGGAAGACAAAGCCAGUAAAGCCUCAUCCUAAGGUGGUCAAGAAGAAGCCAACAGCAAAAGGUGCAGCCACCUCAGAGAGUUUCCAGGUGCCUCCAGUACAGGCGAUGGUUCAAGGUGCAGAUGAUCGCACCAUGCUGAGGAGGAGGUGUGCUGAUGGUGCAGACAUAGGAAAUUGUGGCAAUGGCGAUGUGAUAGGGAAUUUGGAUGCCGCAAAGCCGAAGAAGAAUUUGAAGAAGGUCAACAACAUGUUGCGUGAGGCAAUCAACGCUGCAAAGAGGCAGAUUGUUGAUGGAGACCUGCACAAAGGCAAGGCACAGGCUGCCAGUGACAAGAAAGGAAAUCCUAUCGUGUCAGUGCUGAUGCUCACCAAAUCAACCCUCUACUUCAUGACCCGUACUUGGGCGCUCAGCAAUAAAAAAUUCAAUUUAUUGGGAGAGGUUAAGGACUGGCACAAUCAUGUAGAGCCUGGGACAAACACCAAAAACUACCCAGUUGCUAGUGACGUUCAAUCUGUUUCAGCCGAAAAUGUUUUGAAGUUGGCAACUAGUACUUUCUUAUCGAGUCAGACGGCGGCAACCACUGUCUCACUAGCCAAGGACCCUCCCCCUACUUUGUACGAUCUUUCAGAGGCUUCUGCAUCAGAUGAGGAUGAUGAGUUUGAAGAAUACCUGUCCGCCCCCGCAGGUAGUGGCAAAGUGAAGGCAGUAAUGCAGAGUGUUGUAGGGAUUGUAGAACCAUACUCAGAUGAGGAAGUGCCAGUGUCCAUUCCAUUCAACUUAUUACCAUUCUCUCAACAAGCUGAAAUUGUGACAUAUGCUUUAGAGCAGUCUACUCGCACCAUCAGUGUCACAAAGUGGACAAUCAAAGAAAUCGACAAGGAAUAUGACAUGGACUCGGACGCUGAUUUAAUGAUACUUGACAGCGAGGAUGUUGAAGUUAUCUCUCCCAACUCAGAGGUCGAGGAGGUUCCCAAGCCCAUGCACACCACUACAAAGACCAGUGUAACGGUUUCCGAGAACCCAAACCCACCCAAGAAAGCAAAAGUGGAAUCAAUGAGUUCCCCUAGUAUUCUGGUAUCGCCCAAGCCCAAUUUGAUGUCUGCUGACACAGCAAUAAAGCCAAAACCUGGAUACCAAUGGCGAAACACUGAUCUCCCACCAAUCAUGUUGGAGAACAGCACGUGGCACAGGAAUUUUAUCCCGACUGUUUUUCUUUGGGCAGGCCCUCAGCCGAACUUCUGGACAAUUGAGACUGAGCAUUUACUCCCAGCACUCCAGGCUAUUUUUGAGGUUGCAUAUCCAGGAGUAAUGCAUAAUGUUCAACCGAAAGGCCCUAUCAUAGGCUUGAGCGAAGAGGAUGACGACUUCGACUUUGAACAGGCGCUGGUGGCAAAUCUUCUCGAGCAGUAUGCCUUCCUCUACGAGAAUCCAGACACUUGCGACCCCGACGAGAUCUACCGGUCCGCAUUCAUGUUAGAAAUGAUUGAGACAGCUCAUCUCAAUGCAACUGCUGGAUCCCUCAAUGUACCAGCACUCAACACCCAUGAUCUGCAAUCAAAGGGUAUGGAGACUAUAAUUGCCGCAUGCGCUGCCACACUCAAACAUGCUUUCUCCUUCAUUGGAAAACCAAAAGAGGAUGAGGACGCCCAAACCACCACUAGCAGCACGAAGGGCGGUAGUAUGACUCGCAAGCUCAAUAAAGCCACCGGCAAAGAGAGCACUGCGGCAAAGGCCUUUUCUGAGAUUAACUGUGGGGCCACAAUGGCUGAAUACUAUGAAUCCAUUAUGAGACAUGGACCGCAGUACACAGUGGAUACGAUUGACUUGGUGCACUGGCACCAGGAGGCAGCUCAAGUCAAAAAUGCUCCCAUUGAGACCAUGAAACCCAGGGAUGGAUGUGCACUGCUCUCUAUGAUGCAUCAAGCCUGCUAA